AACUGAAAGUCUUUUAUUCCUCUGCAGAUAAAGGGAUAUUUAUUAUCCAAAGUGAAGACUCCAACCUGUGUAUUAAAGCAGAUACAUCUGGCCUUGUUCUAGAAGACUGUGAUCAACUCUCAAAAUACAUGCUUUGGAAAUGGGUAUCUAAUCGUCGGCUUUUCAACAUAGGCAGAAGUACUUGCCUAGGACUGAACAUCAAUAGGCCAGAAGAGCUGUUAAGUAUGCUCGAGUGUGAUUCAACUCACUAUUCACUGUGGUGGUACUGCCAUGGAAGAGCACUAGUUGGAGUAUCAGGGUACAAGUUAGCUGUUGAAAACAGCAAACGCAUUGUGGCAAAAAGGAAAUCAAAUCAUCAAUGGAAGCAGUACAUGUCCCUUGGUGAAGACCUUUGUGAACAUCCGUUUCAAGAAACAUAUACAUUGCUGGGAAAUUCUUUUGGUUUCCCAUGCCUUUUUCCAUUUAAGUAUAACAACAAGUGGUAUUAUGAAUGUACAAGAGAUGGAAAAGAAUUUGACUGGUGUGCCACAACAAGUCAUUAUGAGCAAGAUGAAAAAUGGGGGUUUUGCCCAAAUGCUGAGAGUGGCUGUGACGUCUUUUGGAAGAAGAACCCUGACACACACGUCUGCUACCAGUUCAAUCUGCAGUCCACUCUCUCCUGGAGCGAAGCACGGGCCGUGUGCCAGAUGCAAGGAGGAGAUCUGCUGAGCAUACUGGAUGUCGAAGAACAGAACUAUAUAAGUGACUUAAGCAGGCAGUUAAACGCCACAGACGUUGUGCUGUGGACAGGCCUGAAUGAGCUGGAGGAAGAUGCUGGCUGGCAGUGGUCAGAUGGAGCACCAUUAGUGUUUGUGAACUGGAGAGCAAAUAUCUCUGAUGCCGCCUUUAGUGAAAAACAUUGUGCAGUGAUAAAUUCAAAGCUAAAGUACAGCUGGCAAAGUUAUUUAUGUGAAUCUGGAUUGCCCUUUGUAUGCAAAAAAUAUUUAAAUAAGACACAGCAUGAAACAUUGGAUAUGUGGAAGUACUAUGCUACUCGUUGUGAUGCUGGCUGGUAUCCAUAUAAUCGCAACUGCUACAGACUUCGUAAAGAGGAGAAGAGCUGGAGCGAUGCUUUUUUCUCCUGCCAGAGUGACAAUAGCAGGCUCAUCAGUAUAUCCUCCAUGGCAGAUGCAGAGUUGCUCCUUAACUUGCUUAAACGUGAAAAUGUGACUGAAACGUGGAUUGGAUUAUACAGUAACAGCAGUCCAGUUGUCUUUCAGUGGUCUGAUAGCACCCCGGUGAAAUUCUCAAACUGGCACAACCAAGAACCAAAUAUCUUUCAAAGAACUGGGCAGUUCUGUGUUUCAGCACAAGGAUCAGAGGGACGUUGGAAAGUUAAAAAAUGUGAAGACAAAUUUUCUUAUGUUUGUAAAAAAGCAGGGGAAAUUGAUAGUGUCCCUUCUGAGUUGUCCUCAAGGUGUCCAGAGGGAUGGGAAAGACAUGGUGGAUUUUGUUACAAAAUCGACAGUACCCCUCGAAGUUUUGAACAUGCUUCCAGUGGUUAUUUCUGCCCACCUGCACUUGUAUCAGUAACAAACAGGUUCGAGCAAGCUUUUAUCAACAGUAUGAUCCAUAGCAUGGUAAAAUCUGAGAAAACUUAUUUUUGGAUAGGCCUGCAAGACCUUAAUAACACAGGAGAGUACUUUUGGCUAACUGCAGACGGGAAGAAUCGCUCCAUGAGCUACGCAAACUGGAACAAGCACCAGCCACGCCAUUCUGGAGGAUGUGUGGCUAUGCGAGGAGGGAACCCGGUUGGUUACUGGGAGGUGAAAAACUGUAAGGACUUCAAAGCGAUGUCACUGUGCAAGCAAAAAAUCUCAUCUUAUGAGGAACCUGAACUUACUUUUCAAAAACAUUUGAGCUCCUGUUAUUUUGGAUGGGAGUCAGACAGUAAUCUGCUCAGCUGUUACAAGAUAUUUCACAAUGAGAAAGUUCUGAUGAGAAGAACAUGGGAUGAAGCAGAAACAUUAUGCCAAGAUUUUGGAGGACAUCUUGCUAGUUUUACUCAUAUCUAUGAAGAGGAUUUUUUAAAUAAUUUAUUAUAUACCAUUUUUGACAGGACAGAAGAGAGACAGUUCUGGAUUGGAUUUAAUAAAAGAAACCCAUUUUCUGAAGGGUCAUGGGAAUGGUCUGAUGGAACACCGGUUGUAUCCUCAUUUUUGGAGGACAAGAAUGUUGAUGAUGACUCAAGAAACUGUGCUGUGUUCAAAGUAAACCGGACAGUCUUUCCAGCACACUGCAAUGAGAAGCGUGAAUGGAUAUGCAAAAUACCAAAAGGUGUUAAACCAAAGAAUCCGAACUGGUACAUAUCCGAACUUCCGUGGUCAUAUUACCAGGGAGCAGAAUAUCUUUUCCAUGUGAACCCUGCGGACUGGACCAGCUUCGAAUUUAUCUGUGGCUGGCUUCGUAGUGGCAUAGCAACAAUAAAUUCUCCUGGGGAACAAGCCUUUAUUCAAAAUAAAAUUAAGAAGCUAUCGAAUAGCGAUGUUCACUGGUGGAUUGGAUUGCAUGCAGAAAACUUCAGUGACGAAUUUCGCUGGAGAGAUGAAUCACCAGUAACAUACCAGAACUGGGAUGAAGGGAGAGAAAGUUAUCUGCCCAAACCAGGGAAAAGAUGUGGCUUCAUUUCAUCACAAACAGGAUUCUGGGGUGAUGAAAAUUGUACCAUUUCUCUUCCCUGCAUUUGUAAACGUAAAUUUGCAUGGAAAAUUGAGAAAGAGAUUCCUAAAGACCAGAAUCAACAAGGACUGUGUCCCAAAGGCUGGUUGCACUUUGGAUUCAAAUGCUUUCUGAUACAAAUCCCCAAAGAUCCUGACCACCUGAGAAACUGGUACUCUGCACAAGCUUUCUGCAGUAGAUAUGAGGCGUCACUCGCACUUCUUGACGAUGAAAUGGAACAAGCUUUCAUAACAAUGAAUCUAUUUGGACGGAAAACUAGUGUUUGGAUAGGUUUGCAGAGUGAUGAUUAUGAAAAAUGGGUGAAUGAUGAUUCUGUAACAUACUCCAAUUGGUCUCCAGUUGAAGUGGCCCAGAGACACCUUUAUAACAGUGCCAGCUCUCAAGAACAAGUUCCAUUAUGUGCGCUGGUAUCAAAUAACCCUAAUUUUUAUUUUACGGGAAAAUGGUACUUAGAAGACUGUCAGAAAAAUUACGGUUUUAUCUGCCAAAAGACUCAGGAAACAUCCAGACAUGUAAUAAAUGCGUCAGAACUGUACCCUAUGCCAGAGACUUUAGAAUAUGGAAACAGAACGUAUAAACUACUUCGUGGGAAUUUUACCUGGUAUUCAGCUUUAAAAACCUGCAUGGCAAACGGAGCUGAGCUGGUCAGCAUCACAGACCGGUAUCACCAGUCUUUCCUCACGGUCAUUGUGAAUCGCUUGGGAUACAACCACUGGAUCGGGCUGUUCACCUCGAAUAAUGGGCUUAACUUUGAAUGGUCAGAUGGGACAAAGUCUUUGUUUACCUUCUGGGAAGAUGAUGAGUCCCAGGCAUUUGGCAGCUGUGUUUAUAUUGAUACUUUGGGGCGCUGGAAAAGUGCUAACUGUGAGCGACAUCUGCAAGGAGCAGUUUGCCAUGUACCACCUAAAAAGAAACUCGCUGACUAUAAAGGCUUAUGUUCAGAAAAAACUGUUCCCUGGAUCAAAUUCAAAAACAAUUGCUACAGCUUUUCCACAGUUCUGCAGGGCACAAGUUUUGAUACUGCAUACGAGGUCUGCAAAAAUCAAGGAUCUAAUCUUUUAACUAUUCAAGAUGAAGAUGAAAACGCCUUUAUUCUGGAAGAAUUACAUAAUUUUGGUUAUUCUGUGCAAAUGGUUUGGCUGAACAUUCUGCUUGUUACAGACAAUGAGACAGUAUCCUGGUUUGAUGGCUCUCCUUUAAAUUAUUCUAACUGGGGCAUCAGGGAGCCAGAAUUUGACCAUCUCAAAGGGAAUUUCUGUAUCGGCCUGAGGACCAUGGAUGGAGUAUGGCAAUUAUCUUCAUGCAGAGAGAAAAGGGGAUUUGUGUGUAAAAUGGAUGCAGGUAUUGAUGCAGCAGUUUCCUCUAGAAAAACCUCACAUCGUGGGCUUACAGCUCUAGCUGUUAUAGUAACGUUGGUGAUGCUGGCUGCCAUUUCCACUUUCUUGUGGUGCCUGUACAAGCAGAACAACAGGCUCUUCAGUAGAAUACUGUGGGUCAGAAAUGCCUAUUUUCCACAGAUUAAUGCUGAUGUUCCUGCUUUGGAAGAGAGCAUCCUCAUUUCUGAUUUUGAGAGAAGCGAGAACAAUUAGUUUUUCGGGAGGACCAGGCAAUCACUUCUUCCAUGCUAAAUACCAAACUCUACAGGACAGCACAGUUCUUGAGCCAGGCACAAUCUCAGACCAGCUCAUCUUCUCAGG